GAAACCUAUUGAGAUGUUUCCAUUGCAAACCUCUACAUUCUGUACAUUUUCAUUUUCUGUCAAAUGGCAGCAGUGUGUGUGUGUGUGUGUGUGUGAGAGAGAGUGUGUAGACGACCUGUCUGUAAAGGUGUGGCGCACAUAAAAACUGGACUCUUGUUGAAUCACUUUGUCAGAGGGUUCCAUGUUCUGUGACAAUGAAGUUCCUCCUGGUGUUGUGUUUCAGUACGCUGUUCAUUUUGCUUGUUAAUGGACAAGCUACAACAACUCCACUAACUAACCCACAAUGUGUUGAUGUGGAGGACUACCUUCCAUGCAAAUCUGUAAACAGUGAUGAUUUGACGUGUAGUGAAAACAGCAAAUGUUCUUGUAAAGCCAAGAACCCGUAUUGUAGAUGCAAUAAUAAUGCUGGUGAAUGGUUCAUUGGUGAGGACUGCACUCAGAAAUGGACUACUGUCCAAUUUGCCUUGGUGGCAUCACUACCUGGAGUGGGCUUAGCCAUUUUAGUGGGAGUCGUGGUCUACUGUACCAGGAAACCGUCGAAAGGCAAAAAGAACAAGAAAGGAAAGACAAAUGUGGCCUUUAACCAGGAGCUAGAAGACGACAUGUUUAAGAACAUAGUUUUUGCCUCUGACAUGCAGGGGCGUCCAAACUCUAGGCCUCCACCAGAGAACAUGAGACCGCCCAACAACACAGUCCCGAUGGGAGCCAUGCCCAACCACGAUUACAGGAUGCCUCCUCCUGCAGACAGGAUGUCUACCAGCAGACCUUUCAACCAACCUUACAGUCAACAAAGAAACAUCCAUCCACCACAAGAUAGGCCAUCUAUGGGGGGACCUCCCCCACAACCCAACAGUUAUGGCUCUGGAAUGGGGCAGGUGCUGAGUAACCCAUACGCCAAGUCGUCUCCAGGGAGACCUCCGUACGAGGGCCAAGGUCCACCUCAAGACUACAGCUCAGAUUACAACUACAGACCCAAACAGCCCCCUGUGAACGGCACGAGGGUGAUGGCAGCGGAUUUCCCACAUUCCUCUCCAUCCCAGCCACCUUUUCCCCAGCCUGACUACAGCGCCCCUCAGCUCCAGAGAUCCGUGAUGAACGGGAGGUAUUGAGGACUUGCAGUAGACUUAAGAUGAUGACAUGAGUUUAUGGGAGAAGAGUUCUUUUUCAAUACUUGUACAUAAUUAUUUGAUUGUGUAAUUAUUUAAAACACACUUGUCAAGGCCAAUUUUGAGGAGUCUAGUAAGUCUUUGUAAGCUAUCCUACAUUCUCAGAAGAAAAUGUUAAGAGCAAUACCUUUCCUGUCCAUUUGGAAUCUUGACAUGGAUCAUCUUGACAUUGUUUACAUACCUCCCUACAUCUCUUAACUACAUGUUAUUGACCUCACAAAUUCAUCACUAAGUGUACUGUUCUGUUCUAUCCAUGGGGUCUUUUGGCAAAACAAAGACCAGAGAAAAGUAGAAUAUGAUGCCUCCUUUAAUUUUACAGGGUGACAAUAAAGUCACUGAACAUGGCACAACACACAAUCCCAGCUACAAGCAGAUUCAAAUAAAUAUGAAUCACGAUUUGUGCAUCUGUCAGCUUCACAGCAGAACACCCAAGCUAAUGUAUAAAACUCCAUGAGUCCUUGUGAAAUAAAAACAAAUACCGUUUGA